UCGGCGCAACGCAAGUGCUGGUGAAAUCGUUGUGGCUAAAGUCUAUAUCAAGUGAAAAAACUACUGUUUUGUUUCUGGUCGUAAUUCCAAACGUUCGUUGUGACAAAAAACAAACCUGCAAAGCUUUCAAACAAAGAAUUAAAGGAAAAAUAUAAUUUUCCAUAAAAACAUAGCAUAGCGAUUGCGAACAACGUAAAAAGAAGAAAGCAAAGAUCUGCUUCUGUUUCUCUCUCUUUUGUGCUCUCUCUCCGCUUCGGACUUGCGCUCUCCGCUUUCAAUGAUCAAUACAUUUACAGUUUGUUAUUAUUUGUUUUUCAUUCUGCCAUUUGUUUUGCGCGCUCUCAGUGACCGCGCGACGACUUUCUCAAAUUGCAAGUGUAAAAAUUUAUGAAAACGAAGUAGUGGGCAAGGCGAGCUGCAUUGCAAUCGAUAGUGUGUGUGUCUAAAUUCGGCGUUAACUAAAGUGAGCUUAUUACACCGUACCCCUGGGAGAUUUUUAAAAAUCGUUUCUGUUGUUUGCCGUCAGCAUGUUGUGCUUGAAGCUUUAAGUUAGGGAAUAGAAGGCGCAUCGAAAGUCGGAACAUGGAUGCUCAAUUUGAGCACUUGUGCCGCAUUUGCGCAGCCAACACGAAGAGCAAAACGAAUUCCGUGGUCGAGAGUGUGUUUAUUUUUAAAACACAGGGACUGAAGGAUAAAAUAUCGCGACACCUUUACCUAAAUGUUGCUGAAGAAGAUCCUCUGCCAAAAGUGCUCUGCAAAUCUUGUUACCGCCAAGUCGAGGCAACAGCGUCGCUUUCAAAUAUAGCGAAACAUACUCAGCUCGUGUUUCGGGACUUUCUCCUUAGUACACUGCCUAAGAAUGCGAGGGAAGCUGCAGCUGCACGGCUGAGCGUUCCAGCCACCCAAAUUCCCCACCGAACCGAAGAAGUCCAAGCGGAAACCGAUGAAUUUCGGCCCAUUUUGCUGACCCGGGCGCCGGAGUCCAGAAACACCGCACCGAAUCCCCAACCGGCCAGUUCCCAGGAGUUGGCCCUAAAAACCGGGGAAAACCUCUUGGCUGCACCAUCCUCGUCCUCUUCUCUAAGCAAACCAUCUGGAGCAGUAAGAAACAAUAUGGAAACAGGGCGCCGCAACAGCGUUUUUGUGGAUACUAGGUAUGGAUCGGCCCCACUGUCUAUCGCUCAGCGGACUAUGCAGUAUCUUCCGUCUUUGGUGCCCCUAAAUACAGAAUCAUUGGGUUCUAACGCAAUGAGGAGUCCAGAGACAAAACUAUCGCCGACAGGAGUAAUAAAUUUUAUCCAGACGCAUGGGCGUAUUACGGGCAAUAUACCUGAAGUCCAAACAGAGGACAAUCCCGGAAAUAGCAACCUGACCGGUAGCAGAAAUACGGUCAAAGCUUCCGUUGAUAUUUCUUUAAAUGCUAGCAGUGCAGGAAGGAAAUCCCAGGACAGUAAUUUGUUUCAGCAGAAAAGUAGAAAUCUUAAAAAUACAUUAAACAACAUUAAAGCCAUGCGUACCGGACAGGUUUCAUUGCUUAAGUGUGCGCAGAAUCGAAAUCCUAUUGAGGAUGUCAGACCACUGGUUACAACUACACUAGUGCCCCAAUAUGGGGGUGAACCUUCCGUGGAGGAAGCACUGCCGGAGCACAUGAUCUUUGCGGCGCCAAAAAAGAAGAGGGAGGAUGAAGAACUAUUUCUUCAAACGGCUCUGCCAAAACUGAAGAAAAUUGUCCAAAGUCAAACGAAGACAAAGCCGAACACACUCGAUUUAACUAUAUCGGUUGAUUCGCAUGUUUCAGCACCGUCAACGUCAAUGCCCAAUGUGAAAAGCCUCACUGAUGCAAUUUUCCUGGGAAGCGUUAUUAGGGAUCCAGACUUGUUGAUGCUCAUUCUCAAGGCACUAAAAUGGCCGGUGACAGCAGAAAACUGCGAUGAGCAAAUGUCCCGCUUAAAGAGUUCAAAGUUCGCUGUUAUUAUGUCGGACACCAACCUUCUUCAAGACACAGAUCUCACACAACUUCUGGGUCCAUAUUUGGCCCCAAUGGUGCCUGUGGUUCAGCAACAGGAUCAGCAUCCACUUUCCUCUGUUAUCGCGUCCGCUUCUACAAGCACUUCAUCGCAGGCGACUAAAGAUGUACUUAAGCUGGCUGACUUAUCCAGUGCAAUGCCUUAUAAACUGCCUCCAGAAACGUCGGUUCAAUUAGUACCGUCAAGUCCCACGGAGCAGGAACCGCAGCCGCUACGUCACAAAAAGACGGUUAGCGUUCCAACGGUCAAACGACAUCAACGAAAAAUGCGUGCCCCUGAUUUACUUGCUGUUGACAGGACGCGCCCCAUAAUUUCGGUAUCAACUUCAAAAGCAGCUUAUGUUAGCAACGAACUAUCGAAUAUGAACUCUAUGCUUUUUUCGCAGUUCGGAUCAAAUCCGGCCGACGCUCUAAAUGAGACGCUUAUCUCGCUCCUUAAACAGCAACAACAAGAAACAAAAGACCAGCGAAAUAAUCGUCAGAGUUGUAUUGGUUCUGACAGUGUAGAUAAUUUGGAAGAUAUUGUACUGGUCGAUCCCCAACCGCAUCUGGAAGUCGAUCAGCAGGAUGUGAAAUACAUUGAGGAUGACUACAGCUCUACGCAGUCUAAAAGGCGCAAAACAGACAUCCGUACAUCAGAACCUUCUGAAGUCAUACUGCUCGAUAACAGCGGAUCCCCUGAUUUGAAGAAUUCUAAAGAAAUAAGUCCCAGUACAAAACAGAUUUUAUUUAGACAAUCAAAGAAAAUUACAAGUGUGGCAACUGCCAGAAAAGAAACUUCGGGUCAGCUGACACAGGCACCCACAAGUACCGUCUCGGAAGCCAUUUGCGAUCCUAAGGCCAAAGCCAUUAAUGCGAAAGAAAAUGCCGAAGUGUGUGAGCCAGCCCCGGACAAUGGAGCUAGUGACGAUACUGAUGAUAGCAAAGCAGGCUCGGUAUCCGCUCGGAAGUCGGAAGUCAAAGCUGCGCUCGGACAAAAGCUUUUGGAGGCGAUCGGUCUUUCUCAGUUGGGAAAGGAUGUACCGCCUGAAAACUCCCGCGACACCCUCAGAAGUGCGCUAAAGCGCUCUAUAAAACAGGCCCAGGAGCAACAGCAGCAGCUGAAGCGAGGCAAUCAUGAAGAACCUGUGAAACAACUGGCCGAUUCCACGACCAAGCUUAGCGCAGCGGAAUCGGCAGAUGAGCAUAAGAAAGCCAUUGCCGAGCGUGAACUUGCCCUGCUGAAUCGUGGAAUGAAAGCUGGAGAAGAAAACACGAUUCCCGUUAAAGAGGAUAAGUCGGAGCGCACUGAUGUUAGUUCUUCAUCCUCACGAAACCGCCGUGGCCGUAAAUUAAAGAUGGAUGCUACCGUCGAAGAUUUUGACGCUGAAGAAAAAAAAAACCCUAGAUGGGAUGAAGACGAUGACUUGCCACUAAGGACAGACAUGGAAAAACCAGAACGGGGCAGCAGCAACACCCGACCGACCCGUACUAGCAAAACGUUAUCAAAGUAUUAUAAAGGACCAACUUCUAAAUCACACCAUGCCAUGGGUACACGUUCAACACGACAGCGCUGAGAUAUGCUUUACCGCAAGGAAUCGGUUUUCCUUUCACGUAUAAAAUAUGUGGUUAUAUUUUUGGAAAAGAUCAAAUACAUAUUUUAAGUCCCUUUAA